GCUGAGCGUGUAGCCCUUUUUCCUAUUUGCUACACGUAGGUAAUCCAGAAUGAGUAACGCAUCGACGCACGCUCAUGACAACACCCAGCACCUGGGUGACGACCACAACGAUGCCGAGACAGAGGCAUCGAGCUUCGUGCCACAGCAGAAUGCUGGGCAGCCCAACGUGCCACUGAAUGCAGGAGAUAAUCAGAAUUUCGGGAAUCCGCCCGAGAAUGUCAUGCUUGCUUUCAUGACCCAGUUCCUACAGCAGAUGGCCAAUGCGCCGAUGUUCCAACAGCCUCAGCCGCCACGACGGCACAUCACCUUCAAGACGCUGAAGGAUAACGGAGCGGAGGAGUUCCUUGGGGAUAGAGUGGCCGAACCUCAAGUGGCUCUUGAUUGGAUUGAACAGGUGACUAGGGUGCUCAAUGACCUGGAUGUACCGGUUGUAGAUCAUCCAAAGUUGGCAUCUUAGCUACUCCGCAAGGGAGCAUACGAGUGGUGGAAGCGCGUUGACAGUGAACCGCAGACGCCAAAACCUUGGACAUGGGCAUAUUUUGACCGGGCUUUCAAGAAGGAGUACAUUCCAGCUCGAUUCCGAGAGGAGAAGCGGUCAGAAUUCCUGGAGCUGGAAAAUUAAUGUGUUUGAAUACCAAUUUGGUAGCAACCCGAUCCGCGGAUCCUUGUAUUCGG